AUGUACGACGAAGAUGAUAUUCCUGUACGAGAACCGGUAGCAAAAAAGACCAAGCCAAUGGACAAUAUUCAAAUGCAGUUUCUUCAAUCACAACUGGCCAAGAAGAAGAAUGCACUUCAAGCUGCUGCAGUAAGUAUUUUUUGGAAAGAAUAUUCUUGAAAACGAUUUUUUCAGCGAUUAAAAAAUGUCGCGAAACCAGCAGCACCAUUGCCAGUUAUCGAUUUAUCCGCAAGAAACAAGUUUAAUACUUCAAAUAGUCAACCAAUGGGACUUCGGCCUGUAAAAGCUAUUCCAGUUGCAGAUAAUAUCAGUUUCCUACCAAAAGCAGCAACAAAUGAUAGUGUAAGUUGAAGAUUUGAGUCUCAAACUUAUAUUUAUUUUACAGUUCAUGAUGUUCGGUGAAUAUUUGGUGAAAAAUGAAUAUCAAAUAAAUGUUCCAAAUGAUUAUGAAAAAAUGUCAAAAAUCAUAAAUGAGAGGAAAAUGAAAGAAAAAGCAGCGAAAGAAGUUGCUAAAAGAUUAGCUCGUGAACAUGAAGAUGAAGAUAAAAAACGAACAAAAGGAGCCGCAAUUGCUCCACCUCAAGCACUUAUUGAAAUUCCACCACCACCUGAAAGAGAUAACGAAAAAGAACAACAAGCAUCUUCAUCAUCUUCUGAAUUAAUGCCACCUCCCUCAUUUUUACCAGCAUUUGGAAAAGCAACAAGUCGAGGUUUAGGAAUUGCUGCAAAUAUAAUGAAAAAACAUGGAUAUAAAGAAGGGCAAGGACUUGGAAAAAUGGAACAAGGAAUGAGUACAGCAUUAAGUAUUGAGAAAACUGGAAUUCGAGGUGGAAAUAUUGUGGCGAAUGAUACAACAGCAACAACACCAAAAGCACCAACAUUUGCAACAAAUUCAUUUGAAGCUAUGCAAAAUGCCACCAAGAUUCUGGCUCUUUCAGUGAGUAACCCUAAAUAAAAUUCAAAUUUACUGAUCAAACAAUUCAGAAUCUGAUAUCAUUGGAAGAACUUCGUGGAGAUUAUGAAAAUAAAGAUGAAUUUGGCGCCGAAAUCCGGGAAGAAUUGGAAAAAUGUGGGCAAGUCAACAAAGUUAUUGUUCAUGUUGUAAGUUUAUCUUUACCUCUUAUUUUUAUGUCAAAAAUUAUUUUGUUAGAAUGAAUCAGCUUCGGAAGAGGAACAAGUUCGAGUUUUGGUGGAAUUCACGAAUUCAGCUCAAGCGAUCAAAGCAUUUGUUGUUAUGAAUGGUCGAUUUUUUGGUGGAAGGAGUGUGAUGGCCGCGUUUCAUAAUGUUGAUGAUUUUCAGAAUCAGAUAUUUUGA